GCUCCGUGGUCACGUGAGCAGUCAGCUGGUCUUCAGCACAUCCGCCUGACCCGCUACUGUUUACAAAUCAGCAAACAGUCCGAAACAGCAGAAUGAGGAGUCCUGCAUGAACUGAACAGUGAACUCUUUGUGAUCAUCACAGCACAAGAGUCCUCUUUUUUCUUCUGAGUCUUGGCUGAGGAGAAUCACAAGACUGUGACGGUCCAGCUGGGUUGUGGUCAUGCAGCACCCCAAUUUUGAGACCCGCCACCCGCUCCAGACAGAUGAGCAGCAGGAGACAGGCUUUGACCCACUCCAUAAUUUCAACAAGAACAGCAGCAGGGGAUCUCUUGAUGACACAACUCACUCACAGCCUCAAUCAACCUUCCUCUCAUACAGGAAAGAAUGGGACGACUUGUUCCUCAACAGUAAUUACCUGGCCAGGAUCCGACAGGCAGGCAUCAACGGUCGACUGAGGAGCAGCCGCUUUCGAAGCGUAUGCUGGAAGUUGUACCUGGAGGUUCUUCCAGAAGACAAGAGCCAGUGGAUCAACAAGACCAAGGAGCUCCGGAGCCAGUAUGAGAAGAUCAAAGAGACGCACAUCACCAAUCCUCGCAAGGCUAAAGGCCAGCAGGACCUGGUGGUCAACAAUCCGCUGUCCCAGGAUGAGGGGAGCCUGUGGAACAAAUUCUUCCAAGAUAAAGAGCUGAAGGGGAUGAUCAAACAGGACGUGCUGAGAACGUUCCCUGAGAUUCGUUACUUUCAGGAUGAUGACGUGAGGACUAAGCUGACGGACAUUCUCUUCUGUUAUGCAAGAGAAAAUGAACAGUUACUGUAUAAACAGGGGAUGCACGAGUUACUGGCUCCCAUUGUCUUUGUGCUGCACUGUGACCAUCAGGCUUUCCAGCAUGCCAGCGAGACAUCCAGCCCCAGUGAGGAGAUGAAGUGUCUGUUGAACCCAGAGUACCUUGAGCACGAUGCCUAUGCCAUGUUCUCGCAGCUGAUGGAGACAGCAGAGCCAUGGUUCUCCAGCUUUGAGAGGGAAGUGAGAAAGGGUAAGGAAGAGAUGCUGACCAGCAUCCCGUUCGCUCGGCCCCAGGACUCAGGGCCAUCUGUUGCCAUUGUGACCAAAGUUAACCGCAUCCAGGACCAGCUGGUGAAGAAGCACGACGUUGAACUGCACAUGCACCUCAACCGGCUGGAGAUCGCCCCGCAAAUCUACGGCAUCCGGUGGGUACGUCUGCUGUUUGGCCGUGAGUUUCCUCUCCAGGACCUGCUGGUGGUGUGGGAUGCCCUGUUUGCUGACAGCAUCACUCUGGACCUGGUGGACUACAUAUUUGUGGCCAUGCUGCUCUACAUUCGAGAUGCUCUCAUUGCUAGUAACUUCCAGACCUGCCUGGGCCUUCUAAUGCACUACCCUCCAUUAGGAGACAUCAACUCUCUGCUGCAAAAGGCUCUCUUCCUCCGAGAUCCUAAAAACAAUCCACGACCUGUCAACUACCAGUUCCAGCAGAACCUGGAUUAUUACAAAACGAGGGGGGCUGACCUGAUGAACAAGACCCGCUCUGGUUCCAGUACAAAAGCGACCCCCCUCAACAUCAACAAGGUCUCCAGCAGCUUGCUGAGCUUCGGCAGGAAGCUCAUCGCUCCAGCCAUUUCAAGCGGCCCCAGCAACAUCUCGCCAAUCAACAGCGAGGUACUCUCUUCCUCUUCCUCAUCCUCAUCAACUUCACCUGCAUCGGUGCCUCCGCCCGCCCUGCCUCACCCGCUGGCUGAGCCCCCGCCAGGCCACGCCCCUCCGCAAACCCAGAGCCACGCCCAGUCUCAGCACUACCGCCUGCUCAAGUCUGAGAGUAUGCCUGUCCACCUCAGCAAAGAUGUAGUUUCAGGUGGAGUGUCUCAGGUCUCCCUCCCAGCCCAGAUUCACACUGACACACAAGGCCAAAGCUCCAGGACGGUCAGCUCCUCUCCCAGCAUAGAAAGCCUCUCUGGUGGGAGGGGUCAGUCCACCGCCUCCCCGCCUCUCCCCCCCUCCAGAGGGAGUGAUGUCAGCACUUCGUCUCCGCCGCUCUCCGCUACCAAGAAGGAGUCUUUCUUCAAUAUCACUCGCUCUCGCUCCCACAGCAAGACCAUGGGCAAGAAAGAGACGGAGGAGGACCUGGAAGCCCAGGUAUCAUUCCUGCAGGGCCAGAUUAACGACCUAGAGGCGAUGAGCAAAUACUGUGCCAAGAUGAUGAACACUCACAUCUGUAAAAUCCAGGAAGUGAUUCUCCAGGAACACUUGGAGAAAGAGGAUGAGGUUCUGGUUUCACUAGCUGGACUCAAACAGAUCAAAGACAUCCUUAAAGGGGCUCUCCGCUUCAACCAAAGUCAGUUGGAGGCUGAGGAGAACGAGGAGAUCACCAUCGCUGACGAUCACUAUACCUCCACUGCUGCCGCUGAAACUGCGCUGAACGCCAUCAAUCACCACAGUGACCACCAACAGCAAGGAAACAGCAGGCGAUGCAGAGACUCUAAUCUGGAAGGGAGCGCGAGCACAGAUGAGAAAGAGGAGGAGGAGCAGGGGAUGACCCCGCCUGAGCAACAGGUAGCGUCUUCUCUUGGCUCCGAUGUGAAGAAUUGGGAUGACUAUAUCCUUGUGUCCCAGGAUGGAGACCUGCAGGCUGCUGAUGGAGGAGGAGGAAGGGCUACAGCUGAGGGCACGCCUCCGAUCAGGCGAGGGCGUGGCUUGGUGCGAAUGGAGCCCGAGGGCGCGGCCGGGAUCUUUCACGACCCCCUGAUGGCUGGUAUAACCUCAGGCUCCUCCAGUCCGGACGAGGGCUCCACCCACAGCAAGGACUCUGACUUUACCAUUGUGAACCCGAACGACCUGUGAACAAGCAAAUUGCCCCUCCUUCUCCUCUCCUUAUACCUGUAUCAUAUCCCAUUCAGAGGAUAUAAUCUAAAAAAACACUGACUAGGGAUCAGAAGGUGGAGCACAGCCAGAGCUGCUGUCGGCUAAAAACAACAAAUUGCACAUGUGUACUGUGACAAAUCCAGUCACAUACCUUAUACUCUGUCUCUACCUUUCAUUUGUGCCACUUGAGUCUUGUCUAAACCGAUGCUGUAUGCUAUCUCAUCUACCUAACUCCUGUCUCUUCAUGUUGGAUCCUCUUGCUCUUUAUAUUUAAUUGUAGCGCCCUGCUCCACAGACAGGGGGCGCCAUUGAACUUCUUACCCUGUCACUACAUGAUGACUCGGAAGAGUUGGACCUCAAACUGAAAUUUCCUCACAAGGAGAGGAGUCUCUCCUCUUUAGUUUACUGUAAUGUCUGGGAGUGACAUACUUCUUUAUACAUCUUCUGAAUGUGGAGAUCUGGCCAUACCUCUGCCUGUGUUUUGUCUGUGUGUCUGUCCUCACAGAGGAUGCUGUCCUCCCAUCAGUUGUCGAGGGCAGCUUUCUCCCCCUCCUAAACCAGUGCCUCUGAUCGUUUUUCUUCUCUCAGCCAAACAAAACCUGAUUCUGUGAUCUUAUUCUUUUUGUUAGCUUUCCUUUUUUUUAAUUUUUAAGAAAAUAUUUUAACCCUUAGACCUUUAAUUUCCUGGAUAAAAAAUAUGAAAUUAAGGAAUAAGUCUUGUUUUUCCUUUUCUUUUUAAAUUGAUCCCAAUGUGGACAUUUUAAUGCAUUAAUUGACAGUUUUGUCACAUUACAAUUAAGCUGUUCUUGUGUCCUGUGAAAACCAUGCAAUGCAGCACACACAAAGAAUGUCCGUAUAGCUGCCCAUCCAGCAUAAUUAACUCAAGACCAAUAAAAAUAUGUCGCUCUUGCUACA